AUGAAGAUUGACAUAAGUAAAGCUUAUGACUCCAUAGAUUGGGACUUCUUGGAGAAUCUGUUGAAAGCUCUUAGAUUUCCUGGUCGUUUUAUCAGAUGGAUCAUGGUCUGUUUAAGAGGCACUUCCUGCUGUUUAUUGAUGAAUGGUCGGAUUCAAGGUUGUUUUCAGGGUGGUAGAGGGCUUCGUCAAGGUGAUCCUAUCUCCCUAACGCUCUUUGUAAUAGUGAUGGAUUACCUUACCCGAUUAUUGCUUAAAGCUUCCAAGGAAAAAGACUUCAGAUUUCAUCCUUUAUGCAAAUCUUUAAAUAUUAUUAGUCUUUGCUUUGCUGAUGAUUUACUUCUGAUUUGCAAAGCUAAUGAAAAUGUUGUACAGAUUAUUCAAAGAACAUUUGAAGUUUUCUCCUCUUCCUCGGGUCUGGUUAUUAAUAAUCAUAAGUCUCGAAUUUUCUUUGGAGGAGUUUCUGACCCUGUGAAAGUCUCUUUUGAAACUAACUCAGUUGGCAGAAGGGUAGUGCAUGGGAAACUUCAUCUGAGUAAGCUUUAUUACUUGAUCAUUCCUGGUGCUCCAAUUAGUAGCAUGAAAUCUGUUUGGUGCAGUUUUUCAGUGCCUAAGCACAUGUUCAUAUUGUUGGCAAGCAGUAAACCAGAAAUUGCUCACAAGGGACCUGCUCCAUUCUUGUCAUCUGUCUAUUCCCUGUUUGGACUAUCCGGCUGGGAGAGCUUAUUUGGCCUGAGAAAUAUGAAGAUUGGUGUUCUUGGCUGGCUGAAGCUUGAUUCUAUAAUCAAAUUUUCUGUUAAAGCUAGAGUUCUUAGUAUUAAUACUAAGAAGUUGUCUUCCAGAGAGAAACAAUUGAUUCCUUUUAUCUCUAGUUUGUAA